CUUUCUGGUCCUACAUGUGUAUGGUCUAUAUUGGCUAUUUCCGGACAGAAUUGUCAUUACCCUACAGUGCAGUAACGCUGUAGAUCUACUGAGUUUGUAAGAAGCAUUGCCAAGAAUGAGUUGCUUGCUGUGGAAGUCAGUCACUUUCCUAAACCUGGUUUGGGCUGUUGGAGGACAAUCAUUGACAAGUGGAGAUGUGAGACUGGUAGAUUCAUCUGGUUCAACAGGAGGCAGAGGAAUUGGUAGACUGGAGAUCUACUAUAAUGGACAAUGGGGGACAGUGUGUCAUGAUGGAUUCGGUCCAACUGGUGCACUUGUGGCUUGUCGUCAGCUGGGUUUCCUAGGGUACGUAGCCUAUGGGGUCGUACGGAGUGCACUAGCAGUGCCAGUAUCCACUCCAAUAUGGUUGGAUGACCUUCGCUGCAAUGGUUCUGAAAGCAGAUUGAACGACUGUCCACGAAGUCCUAUCGGAGAUCAUAAUUGUGUACAUUCUGACGAUGUGGGAUUAGUGUGUGCAAUAAAGGGUGUUUUGAGACUAGUGAAUACCACUACCAGUGGGAUAGCCUCCGCUGGUAGACUGGAAUUGUUUUAUAAUGAUCAGUGGGGGACCGUGUGUGAUAACAACUUUGGUCCAAAUGAUGCAAUGGUGGCUUGUCGUCAGCUGGGGUACGGAGACUUUACUAAGUUUGGAAGGGUAGAAACGUUAGGUUUCUACCAGUCUUCAAAUUCCAGUCGGACGUGGCUGGAUGACCUUCGUUGCAUAGGAACUGAGAGAGCACUGAUUGAUUGCCCUGCUAACACUAUUGGAGUUGAAGAUUGCACCCACACACAAGAUGUGGCCUUGGUUUGUACUGUAGAUGGAGACCUGAGGCUUAUAAGCAACUCAGGCCAAACAGGAGGCUCCUCUGGAAGACUGGAGGUCUAUAACAAUGGACAAUGGGGUACAGUGUGUGAUGAUAACUUCAGUCCAAAUGAUGCAAGGGUGGCUUGUCGUCAAUUAGGGUUCUUAACCUACACGCAAUACGGAACAGUUGGAACACUAGGUUUCAAUGAAAUUUCAUCGGACUUUCCAAUAUGGCUGGACGAGCUUCGUUGCAUAGGAACUGAGGGAAGACUCACUGAUUGUCCAGCUAACACUAUCGGAAUUGAAGAUUGCACCCACACACAAGAUGUGGCCUUGGUCUGUACUGCAAAUGGAGACUUGAGGCUGGUAAGCAACUCAGGCCAAACAGGAGGCUCCUCUGGCAGACUGGAGAUCUAUUACAAUGGACAAUGGGGGGCAGUGUGUGAUGACAACUUCAGUCCAAAUGAUGCAAGGGUGGCUUGUCGUCAACUAGGGUUCUUAACCUACAGUCAAUACGGAACAGUUGGAACGCUAGGUUUCAAUGAAAUCCUAUCGGACUCUCCAACAUGGCUGGACGAGAUUCGUUGCUUAGGAACUGAGGGCAGACUCAUUGAUUGUCCAGCUAACACUAUCGGAGUUGAAGAUUGUACCCACACACAAGAUGUGGCCUUGGUGUGCAGUUUUACAGAUACAACUGGCAUCAUCAUUGGAUCUGCUGUUGCGGGGACAGUAAUUGUGUUUGUCGCAUUGACUUGCUUUAUAGUUUGUUGUGUUGGGCUCCUCAAACGAAGGCAGUUGAAAGCAAAACAACUUACAAUGAUGUAUGAUCUUGACGCAUUGCCUAAUAAUGCUAUCCGUCCCUCGCUGUCGACUCCUUUCAAUAACACACGACAAUCGACCCUGAGUUCCACCACCAACAAGAUGAACAGGACAGAGUUGCCGCCGGAGUUGGUACCACGAUUUCCAACAGCCAAUGCUUGCUCACAGAUACUUGGUAAUGCGAAGGAGCUGCCUGAUCUACCACUAUCUCUAAAGAUAUCAGGAUCUCAGUUGAAACUGAGCAGUGGCCUCAUUGGACAAGGGGAAACCGGUAUGGUCUACAAAGGUUUACUGAUAAACUGGAAAGAUAAGCCGUUACAAGGAGUGGCGGUCAAAACAUUGAAAGGUUUGUUUUCUUCUACGGAUAUUCAAUUUCUGAUCACUGAGAUUAUCAAGAUGAAAGAUUUCAAUCACCCUCACGUCAUGCCCCUGAUUGGAGUCUGUCUAGAUGUCGGACCCGGCAUUUCCAUGGUGAUGCCGUAUAUGGCAAAUGGGAGUGUACUGGAGUAUUUGAAGAAGGAGAGAAGUGGUCUAAAAUUGACUGAAAACUGCAGCAAAGAAGAGGCCCAUUCUGUCAGGAAGCUUCUAUUGCGAAUAUGUCAUCAGAUUGCCUUAGGAAUGGAAUAUCUCUUUCAGCAAAGAUUUAUUCAUCGAGACUUGGCAGCACGAAACUGCAUGUUGGACUCUAGUGGUGAUAUCAGAGUUGGUGACUUUGGACUGGCCGAGAAUGUGUACAGUACUGGAUAUUAUAGACAGAAUGAACGAGCUAAUAUCAAGCUGCCCUACAAGUGGAUGGCAUUGGAGAGUCUAAAUGAUGCCAUCUUUACAGAGAAAACAGAUGUGUGGUCGUAUGGAGUGACUAUGUGGGAGGUCUUCAGUGGCGGUCAGAUUCCCUAUCCUGGAGUAGACGUCGUGACUCUUGUCAAGUUCCUACAGAGAGGAAGCCGAUUGGACUCUCCCGUUAACGCUGCCUGUACUACUGACAUCUCAGCAGUGAUGCAGAGAUGUUGGCUCGAGGAUUCUGAAGAGAGGCCAUCUUUUGCUGACCUGUCUUCAAUAAUGGACGCCAUGCUCUCCUCUGUGUCUGGCUAUGCUGAACUGAACAUGAAGCUCCCUCAUAAUAGCGAUACUGUUGGCACAAUUAAUACAAGCAUGACAACGAUUUAAGCGAGUCACUAAUGAACAGAGCAACUAAUGUGAUGAGAAUUGAACUAACUAAUUAUCUCAAUGAUAGAUUGAUUAAAUUUUGUUAUAGAUUAAUGACUAUUAUAGAUUAAUGACUGCAAUGCAGCAUGCAACAACUUUUGCUGUGACAUUAAUUUUUAUUGUUUUACUCACAAGUUUAUAGCUAGUACAAAAAAACUGCUGUACAUAACAUAGAAACACAUGAUAUAUUAUUAUAAGAAGUCAGAUAUACACAUGCA